AGUUAACUCUGCAUGUCUCUUUCAGCGGGGGUGUCUUCCACUAGGGUUGAAUACUGGUCUCUCUCUCUCCUGCUCCAGUAACUGGAGGCACAAGUUCCUUCUUCUCCAGCCUCAACUUCAUUUCCCAGAAGGUUUGGGCUGCAUACUGCUGCAACAGCCAUGGCACCGAAAAAGAACAAGACGACCAAAAAGAGUAAAGGAGACAUAAAUGAAAUGACCAUAAUGGUUGAGGACAGCCCCAUCAACAAGAUCAAUGGGUUAAACACUCUGUUAGAGGGAGGAAACGGCUUCAGCUGCAUUUCAACUGAAGUCACUGAUUCAGUGUAUGCCCCAAACCUCCUGGAGGGUUUGAGCAACAUGAGACAUGAUAGCUUCCUCUGUGAUCUAACUGUUGCCACCAAGUCAAAGUCAUUCGAUGUCCACAAGGUUGUCAUGGCCUCUUGCAGCGAGUACAUUCGAAACAUCUUGAAGAAGGAUUCGUCCCUCCAGAAGAUCGACCUGAAUGACCUCUCACCUGUUGGUCUAGCCACAGCAAUCACAUAUGCUUACUCCGGAAAGCUGACCCUGUCCCUGUACAGCAUCGGCAGCACUAUUGCUGCAGCCCUGCUGCUGCAGAUUGGCACCUUAGUGAAGAUGUGUAGUGAUUUCCUCAUGCAGGAGCUCAGUGUGGAGAACUGCAUGUAUGUGGCUAAUAUUGCUGAUGCCUAUGACCUGAAAGAAACCAAGGAGGCAUCUCAGAAGUUCAUGCGGGAGAACUUCAUCGAGUUUUCUGAGAUGGAGCAGUUCCUGAAGCUCACCUAUGAGCAGAUCAGUGAUUUCCUCUCAGAUGAUUCCCUGCAGCUUCCUUCUGAGAUCACGGCCUUCCAGAUCGCCAUGAAAUGGUUGGACUUUGACGAGAAGAGGUUGAAGUACGCAGCAGAUCUCCUAACUCACAUCCGCUUCGGCACUAUCUCUGCCCAAGACCUGGUGAAUCAUGUCCAGAGUGUUCCUAGAAUGAUGCAAGACUCAGAGUGCCAUCGUCUCCUUGUUGACGCCAUGAAUUACCACCUGCUGCCAUACCAACAGAACAUCCUCCAGUCACGCAGAACAAAGAUACGCGGUGGCCUCAAGGUGAUACUCACAGUCGGCGGACGCCCUGCCUUGACAGAGAAAUCUCUCAGCAAAGACGUCCUCUACAGAGAUGCAGAUAACGUUUGGAAUAAGUUGACAGAAAUGCCAGCAAAGAGCUUUAAUCAGUGUGUGGCUGUCUUGGAUGGCUUCCUGUAUGUGGCAGGUGGUGAGGACCAGAAUGAUGCAAGGAACCAGGCUAAACAUGCUGUUAGCAACUUCUGCAGAUAUGACCCCCGCUUCAACACUUGGACCCAUUUGAGUAACAUGAUCCAGAGGCGCACCCACUUCAGCCUCAACACCUUCAAUGGCCUUCUGUUUGCCAUUGGAGGGCGAAACACUGAUGGUGUUCAGGCCUCAAUGGAGUGCUAUGUGCCCUCCUCCAACCAGUGGCAGAUGAAAUCUCCCAUGGAUGUGCCCCGCUGCUGUCAUGCCAGCUCCCUCAUCGAUGGCAAGAUCCUUGUAACAGGAGGUUACAUCAACAAUGCCUACACCAGGGCCGUGUGCUCGUAUGACCCCUCCACUGACACCUGGCAGGAUAGGAGCAGUCUGAGCACACCCCGAGGCUGGCAUUGCGGUGCCACCGUGGGAGACCGAGCCUACGUCAUCGGUGGAAGUCAGUUGGGAGGUCGUGGGGAGAGGGUGGAUGUCCUCGCUGUCGAAUCUUACAACCCUCACAACGGGCAGUGGAGCUACUGCGCACCUCUUCACACAGGAGUUAGCACGGCCGGUAUUUCCAUUUUGAACAACAAGGUCUAUCUCCUUGGAGGCUGGAACGAGGGCGAGAAGAAGUACAAGAAGUGCAUUCAGGUUUACAAUCCUGACCUCAAUGAAUGGACUGAGGAUGAUGAAUUGCCAGAAGCUACAGUCGGCAUUUCAUGCUGUGUCGUCAACAUACCCACACGGAAAACACGAGAGUCCAGAGCCAGUUCAGUGUCUUCUGCACCAGUCAGUAUAUAAAGGUUUAGAUGAUAAUGAUGUAGUUAACAUGUCUAAAGGUCUCCAGCUUUUCUGUUCCAUAAAUCUUGGUUCUAAACUCUACCAAUAUUCCCUUUUUUGGAGCUAAGAUGGUUACUUUAAAUGGUGAUCAACUUUCUUAAGAUGAAUAAAUGAAUUUUAAUUAAUUUAAUACAAUGAUUACAAAAUGGGGAACAUGUGAUUUUAAAAAAACAAUUUGAAGCUAGUGCUAAAAUUUUAAAUGAGUUUAAUAGUUAGUAUGAUUAAGGUCAGAUAACAACUAUGAAGGAGACAAACUGGACACAGGAAUAACCAAUUUUAUCAUUUUCAGACAUAAAUUUACUUUUGGGGCCAAUUCAGUUGGGAUAAUUAAAACUCAAAUGAAAGGUAGAGAAAAAAAAAGCUAAAUCAAUGCUGUUACUGAGGUUAAUCUGUAACUGUCUUUUUUACCCACUGCCAUGAGAUUAAUAAUACUGUGUUGUUUGUUUACAACACAGUCAUUAAUAUUGAAGGAUUUUGUGAGUCUUGUUUAUGGUGACUAUAGCUACUGUGAUUCUCAGAUACUUGAACAGAAUAGUGAGCGGCAUAAAGCUGGAGCAGGAAUAAGUGUUGGCACCACCUACCAGGAGUAGGUGCUUGUGAUUAGUGUGUAAAAUGCACUACACAGUGAGGCUGCAGUUUCUUUACAUGUGUCUCAUGUACAGUAUUCAGUGGUCUUGUGUCGUAUGUUGAGCGAUUGUCAUAAACACAUCAGGAUUCUGCUGGGAAAUGUUGGAAUGAUGAUGGUUGAAUGGGUUUAGAUGUGACAGCAACAAACGCAUUUUGUAAAAAAGAAAAAGAAAAAUAUAACUUGGGAAUGACGUUGUCAGCCUGAGCUUUCCUGGAGGUCAGUAUGAAUUCCCUGACUGCUCAUGUCUUUUCAUUUUUUGUUUGUUUUUAAAUUAAAGAGAUGAAGUGUAA